GAACCUCAACAACAUCCUCAUCACGAAGAAUGUCUUACUCAUUGUUCAAUCACUGCGCAGGGACUAUUAGUCAUAAGAGAACAAUAAAGCGAAUUGCUACUGAUGCCGAUCUCUCUCCAUUUGGAGAAGAGCAGCAAGAUGAAUGCCCUGAUUCAUCCAUUACCACAAAGUCUCCCGAAAAUGAACAAUGUCUGCAAACUCCUCCACCUCCUCGAACAAACUACUCAAUCGUACCCUCAACAAUUGAGCUCGAAGAGCAAUCUCACAAGCCCCAUCAAGACACAUUCCAUCUAUUCAUGGACCUUCCACUGGAACUCCGAAGCAAGAUAUAUGAAUUUGCAUGUCUAGAACCCAGAGCAGUUCCUAUUUGGCCCAUCUACACAGAUGACGGAAAGGAUAAUAUCGGAUUCCGAUUUGAAUCCGAGACACCUGCUAUCAUGCAAGUCUCCCAAGAAGCUCGAAGAGAAUCACAACGACUUGACAUCUAUGCGAAGAAUCCUGAAACUCCAUCUCCACUUCCACGUAUCUGGAUCAAGCCUAGCAUCGAUAUUGUUUGUCCUGUCCGCAACAGCGGUUCCAUUUGGACUGUUUUCCAAUUCUUAAAAUUUAGCCAAGUCAUCAAUCGCUUCAACAUUGAACGCUUAUGCAUUGAUGAUUUCGAAUUUCGAUGCUGCCAGUUAACAGACAAUCUGCACAACUUUGUCGUCAUUCCAAAGUGGAUGAAUCAUAAUCUUCGACAGAUUCUGGCUUACAGUUCGUUACGUCCUUUUAAUAUCCGUCGUCGGCCUCUCCGAAUUGUCAAUUCUAAUAAAAUAAAUCUCGAACAAGACUCCGAGGAAAUGAUGAUGAUUUCUAUGGAGGCUGACACCAGGUUUGAAGAACUGGAAGAUAUGAUUGGGAAUCUUAAUUCGUUUCAUAGGGAUCAAAUUGAAUUGGACAAGACGACGGGAGAAAGAUUAACUCACAUCCCCAUUUGGCUCUAUAACCAUCGCAAAACCUGGACUAAACCGGAGCUCAUGCGCUGUGCAGCUUUAUAGAUCGAAGCUAUGAGGAAUUUCUGGGUUGGAUGUUGAACAUUGGUUGUGUUGGUGCACAUUUGAACGACACAAUAUAUUCGCUGGACGAAUAUAGAUACUUCUGACGUACAUCAUGGGUGGUCGCAGAAGCACAUUCUGUGGGAUGUGCCUCUAAUUAACAACUGAGGAUCUGGAAACUCACUUACUCGGAUUCAUCAAAAGGUGCAUGGGCACAGAAUUCGGGGAAUAGAAUUAGGGAUAUGCAACUAGGGUGAUGGAUUUAUGGUGAUGGACUUAGGGUUAUGGAAAUGAUCACAGGAGGAACUGUUAUUCUUUUGUGGAUAUUUGAACUUUGGAUUUUCACUCUGCUUUUAUUUCACAUUAUUUUAGCUAGAAAAAUUGGUGUUUGGUUUUGAUGACUAC